CUUCUCUCUUCUUCACUCUAAUUGCGAUUGAUUCUCUUGUCUUGUCCAAUUUAUCAGAGAUGACACCUGAAUCAAACGCUCCAUCAGUAGAUCCACAAUUUGUAGGCAAUGGGUUUGUUCAGGAAUACUAUAACCACCUUUAUGAGUCAUCCUCGGAAGUACACAAAUUCUAUCUCGAGGAUAGUUUGAUUUCACGGCCGGGUCUCGAUGGUGAGAUGGUUACUAUCAAAUCCUUGAAAGCUAUUAAUGAUCAGAUAAUGUCCGUUGACUACAAAAGCUCGAAGAUCCAGAUUCUGACUGCUGAUUCUCAACCAACUUUAAAGAACGGCGUUGUAACUCUAGUCACGGGUUUAGUGAUCGGGAAAGAUGGAGGAAGAAGGAAAUUUUCUCAAAGUUUCUUCCUUGUGCCGCGGAAUGGAAGCUACUUUGUGCUGAAUGAUACAUUUAGGUACGUGUCUGAUGAGUUUUUUGAACCAGAAGCUACCAAGGAGGUCGAGGAGAGUCCUCAAGUAAUUGAGUCAACAAACGCUAUCAUUGAGCCUGCAAAUGAAAUUGUAGAGGCAGUUAUUGUCCCUACUCAAGCUAAAACUACAGUGACAAAGCCCGCAAGUGUCAUAGCAAACGGACAUGCGAAUGUCCCUGAGGAGAAAGUUGUGAAUGGAAACAGCAACAUGCCUAAAGCUGCUGAAGCAAAACUUCAAGAGGAGGCUCCCAAGAAAUCCUUUGCAUUAAUUGUCCAAUCUCUAGCUGAAAACGCUGGUACUUUUCAGGAUAAAGCUUCACUGGCCAAGGCUAAACGUGUCGAAAAAUCUGUUGUUGCUCCUAAGCCCAAAGCUCCUGCCCCAAUUCCUAAACAAGCUUCUGGUGAAACCGUUAAACAACCAGCAGCUCAGGGUAGUUCCAUAUUUGUUGCAAAUUUGCCUAUGGAUGCGACUAUUGAGCAACUCUAUGAAACAUUCAAAGGUUUUGGAGCUAUUAGGAAAGAUGGUAUCCAAGUCAGAAGUUACCCGGAAAAAAAGAACUGUAUCGGGUUUGUGGCAUUCGAAAAUGGUGAAGCAAUAAAAAAUGUCUUCCAGGCUCACAAGGAAACACCAAUCAGAAUCGGAAACCGAAGAGCAUCUAUAGAAGAAAAGCGAGGAGGUAACAAUCAAAAUGGCAGCAGAUCCUCUGCAAGAAGCAACAGUGGUUACAGAAACGAUGGAUACAAACCUCGGGGCAGUGGUGUCAAUGGAGGACGAGGCUAUGGGAGACGGAACAACGAGUCUGAUGGGGAUGGUAAAGUAUACCAAAACAAUGGCCAUGGCAAUACUGAGGCCAAAAACUAGAUUAGUUUUUGCUUCUUCCAAGCUUUUUUGCCCAUUGGUUGAGAAUCUGAGGUUUUAGGUGAUGUUAAAACAGAUUUUAGUUUUCGUGGAUAUUUUUGUCAAUGAUCUUUUCGAUUUGUGAUUUUGUUUGGGGAUAAAUCUAGAACAUUUUU